CGGCACGCAGUUUUCUCGCUCCCGCCGGUGCAGACACUGGGCGCCCCGGCAGGCGAAGCCCCGCCCCUCCGGACACAACCCCGCGCUUUCGUCAGAGAUCCCCGCCCCCGAGACGCCCCGCCCACCCACCGGAUGCUCGGCAUGAACCACCAGGCGCCUGGCGGGGGUGAUCGGUCGGAGCGACCGGCUUGUCGCCUGCCUGUCCCCAGCCCCUCUCAGCUUGAACUCCUUCCUUCAAGUCUGGGCCCUCGAGGUUUCCAGAGCGGCCUCCAGGGGUGCAGUCUCAGUUCCCCACGCCAGCCGUCUCCGUCCUCCGCCUCCUCCGGGCCUGGCAGGUGGCACUGUCCGGAGGCGGAGCCUUGGGCGAGGGGUGGUUGCGGCGGAGGACUGAAUCGAGCGGUGAGGCGCGCGGGGCUUCGAGGGGACUGUGGCCUCACCAUGGACCCGGAAUGCGCCCAGCUGCUCCCGGCUCUCUGUGCUGUUCUGGUAGAUCCCAGGCAGCCGGUGGCAGAUGACACCUGUUUGGAGAAGCUACUGGACUGGUUUAAAACGGUCACUGAAGGAGAGUCCAGUCUCGUGCUGCUGCAGGAGCACCCCUGCCUGGUGGAGCUGCUGUCCCAUGUGCUGAAAGUCCAGGACCUGAGUCCCGGGGUCCUCUCCUUCUCACUCCGUCUGGCAGGAACCUUCGCGGCCCAGGAAAACUGCUUCCAGUAUCUUCAGCAGGGGGAGUUGCUACCAGGGCUCUUUGGGGAGGCAGGACCCCUCAGCCGAGCAGCCUGGGCCGUCCCCACCGUGCGCAGCGGCUGGAUCCAGGGCCUGCGCUCCCUGGCACAGCACCCCAGCGCUCUGCGCUUCCUGGCCAACCACGGUGCGGUUGACACCAUCUUCUCCCUGCAGGGAGACUCCAGCCUGUUUGUGGCCUCGGCGGCCAGUCAGCUCCUGGUACACGUCCUGGCUUUGUCCAUGCAAGGUGGAGCCAAGGGGCAGCCCUGCCUGCCGGGGGGUGACUGGCCCGCGUGUGCCCAGAAGAUCAUGGAUCACGUUGAAGAGUCCUUGUGCUUCACGGCCACCCCCAAGGUCACUCAGGCCCUGAACGUCCUGACCACGACCUUCGGGCGCUGCCAGAGCCCCUGGACGGAAGCCCUGUGGGUGCGGCUGAGUCCCCGCGUGGCCUGUCUGCUGGAGAGAGACCCCAUCCCCGCCGCACACUCGUUCGUGGACCUGCUUCUCUGUGUGGCUCGUUCUCCCGUGUUCAGUUCUUCUGACGGCGGCCUGUGGGAGACGGUGGCGCAGGCUCUGAGCUGCCUGGGCCCCACCCACGUGGGACCCCUGGCUUUGGGGAUCCUGAAGCUCGAGCACUGUCCACAGGCACUGAGGACCCAGGCCUUCCAGGUCCUUCUCCAGCCCCUGGCCUGUGUCCUGAAGGCCACGGUUCAGGCCCCCGGACCCCCAGGCUUGCUGGAUGGGACGGCAGACGAUGCCACGACGGUGGACACGCUCCUGGCCUCCAAGUCGUCCUGCGCGGGCCUCCUGUGCCGCACCCUGGCUCACCUGGAGGAGCUGCAGCCGCUGCCCCAGCGCCCUUCACCGUGGCCCCAGGCGUCCCUACUGGGAGCUACAGUGACUGUCCUGCGGCUCUGCGGCGGCUCAGCUGCCCCCGCCUCCGGUGUGGGGGGCCACCUGUGUGGGACCCUGGCGGGCUGCGUCCGGGUCCAGCGAGCAGCCCUCGACUUCCUGGGGACGCUGUCACAGGGGACAGGCCCCCAGGAGCUGGUGACGCAGGCGCUUGCUGUCCUCCUGGAGUGCCUCGAGAGCCCUGGCUCCAGCCCCACGGUUCUGAAGAAGGCCUUCCAGGCUACGCUCAGGUGGCUGCUGAGCUCACCCAAGACCCCCGGUUGCUCUGAUCUCGGCCCCCUCAUCCCGCAGUUCCUCAGAGAGCUGUUCCCUGUGCUGCAGAAACGCCUGUGCCACCCCUGCUGGGAGGUGAGGGACUCCGCCCUCGAGUUCCUGACCCAGCUGAGCAGGCACUGGGGAGGACAGGUCGGCUUCAGAUGCGCACUCUUGGCUUCAGAGGUGCCUGAGCUGGCCCGGCAGCUCCUCCAGGACCCUGAGAGUUAUGUCCGAGCGAGCGCGGUGACCGCCAUGGGGCAGCUGUCCAGCCAGGGCCUGCACGCCCCCACCAGCCCUGAGCAUGCAGAGGCCCGGCAGAGCCUGUUCCUGGAGCUCCUGCGCAUCCUCUCCGUAGACUCGGAGGGCUUCCCACGGCGGGCGGUCAUGCAGGUCUUCACCGAGUGGCUGCGGGACGGCCACGCCGACGCGGCCCAGGACACGGAGCAGUUCGUGGCCACUGUGCUGCAGGUGGUGAGCCGGGACCUGGACUGGGAGGUCCGCGCCCAGGGCCUGGAGCUGGCACUGGUGUUCCUGGGCCAGACUUUGGGGCCGCCACGUACCCACUGCCCCUAUGCCAUGGCCCUACCCGAGGUGGCCCCAGCCCGGCCACUCACCGAGGCACUGAGGGCUCUCUGCCACGUGGGGCUCUUUGACUUCGCCUUUUGUGCCUUGUUUGACUGCGACCGCCCUGUGGCGCAGAAGUCUUGUGACCUUCUUCUCUUUCUGAGGGACAAGAUUGCUUCCUACAGCAGCCUGCGGGAGGCCGGGGGCGGCCCCAGCACCACCUCCAUGGAGGCCACCCUGCCAAGGUGGCGGGCGGGUGAGCAGGCCCAGCCCUCGGGAGACCAGGAGCCUGAGGCUGUGCUGGCCAUGCUCAGGUCCCUAGACCUGGAGGGCCUGCGGAGAACGCUGGCCGAGAGCAGCGACCACGUGGAGAAGAGUCCCCAGUCCCUCCUGCAGGACAUGCUGGCCACGGGAGGCUUCCUGCAGGGGGACGAGGCCGACUGCUACUGAGCAGAACCAGAGUCUGCCACUGGGGCUCAGGACUGAGGGAGGCAGCACCAUGUCCUUCUGUGGGACACUGCCAGCCCCAGGGCUCCAGCUCAGCCUGGUGGAUCCUCUGGGGAAGCCAGGACCAGGAGAGAAGCAAGGUCAAAAAAUCCAACAUUUUGAUGUAUUAAAGAAAUGACUUAUUUUCUACUCAAAAUAAAUGGCAUUGAAGUCUUUAA